AUGGGGGCCCGCAAAUGUGAGGGUGCUGCGUCACAUGCUCACAAAACGCACAUGUGCAACUUCUGCCAUGCGACGCACGACGAGAUCAACCUGGCGUCAGGAUACGACGUUGAAAAUUUCCGAAUGCGCGAUGACUUUGAGCAGCUCGCGUACGCUUGGCGCUCUCGCGAGGCAACUAGCGCGAGGGCGCGCAAGCAUAUACUGGAUGAGGGCGGGUCGAGAUGGACAGAAUUCAUGGCAAUCCCUGGCUGGAUGCCCGUCUCCCGUGCGGCCCUCGACUACAUGCACAACUUCUACCUCGGUAUCAUGAAGAACCUGUUUAUGGACUUCCUGGUGGACGGGUACCUGUUCAACAAGAAGAUGUGGGAUCAAUUCGACGUAAUCAUGGCGUCGAUAAAAUGGCCAUCGGGCAUUGGACGCCUUCCCACAAAUUUAGGGGAAAAUCAUUCUCUCCCUAAGGCUGACCAGUGGCGACGCUGGCUGAACAUCCAGCCGACUAUGCUCUGGCUCUGCUGGCGCGACGCGGAGGACCGCAUCUCUCGUACAGCUCCCGACAUCCCUGGGAAUGCGAAGAGUACUCCGAUGUUCCUCCGCAACCUUAAGGAGAUCUACGACAUCUUCCUUUACGCCUCUAUCGCCGAACGAAUCCUCGCAAGCGAGAGCAUAUCCAUGGAGGAGGAGAUGCUCCGAUUGGGAAUUCACCUCGUGCCUAACCACCAUUUAGCGAUGCACUAUCCCGACUUCUUUCGCCUCUUCGGACCUGUAUAUGCUUGGUGGCUGUAUGCGCAGGAACGCUUCAACGGCGAGCAGGAGAGGGUGAACCACAAUGGGAAGGCAGGCGGAGAGAUGGAGCUUACGUUGCUCCGUAACUGGGUGGGAAAGCAUCGCUUCUACGAGCUGGUAAGAUCCUGA